AUGGGAACACCUAGGCCGCUCGGGAUGACGCCACACCAUGUGCUAAAAGUUCGAAUGUUCAAGGUAUCUGCUGAUUCUCUUUCACAGAUUAUGCAGUACCCGAAUGAUAUAAACCGGGAUGGGGAAUGCUUCGUUGCACACAUUUAUCACUACACUCUCGCUUCUUUCAGCCCCAAGCCCAAAGUCAUGCGUUUGUCACUCGUUGCAACAACACUGCUCGCCGCUGGCUCAGUAGCGGCCGUGAAAGACCGCUCUGAUAGAGGAAAAUUAACAAAGUCGACUUGGGUUAUUGACAACCAAUAUAAGUUUUCAAGUCGUUCGUACUGGGAUUUCAGUAAAAUUACCGAUGGGAAGCUUCCUGCUGGCUUGAAAAUUAGCGACUACCCAGUGGACGGAUACGAAUAUGUACCGCAGAACGUGGCCAUCGGAGACGGUUUCCUCCAGUUGAAGGUCAACAAAGGGACCUUUAAAUCUGGCGAAGUGACAACCUUGAGGAAAGUGAAGUACGCCUCCGUCCGCACAGUCGCCGUACUCUCGAAUACUGUCGGAGUGUGCAAUGGCAUGUUUUUCUACCAAUCCGAUACACAAGAGGCAGAUAUCGAGUUCUUGACGAACCCAAACUCGGACAGCAAUGUCGAUGCAGCUCAGGCGGCCGGUCAUCGAAAGGGAACUCGGUACAUCUGGCUUUCGAACCAAGCUGCCAGACACGGUUCAUUGAAGACAACCUACCCUAUCCCAGUGCCGGCAACAGCUACGUCUGCUGAGCACGAGUACCGGUUGGAUUGGAUCCCUGGUAUGACCCGGUUCUUCAUUGACGGUGUUCAAGUAUGGAACUCGUCCCGCAAUGUUCCCAGCGUAGCUGGUGUCUGGGUUUUCAACAACUGGUCUGAUGGUGACAAGUCUUGGAGCGCUGGGCCACCUGGCCAGGACGCGAUUUUCAAGAUCAGGGAGAUCGACAUGUACUUCAAUGCGGCGGUCUAG